GGGGGGGGGGAGGAGGUGGGAGGGGGUAUGAACGGAGAAGCCGAGGGAGAGGAACACACCUCACUCGUGUUUGAGGAAGGGAAAGGAGGCAUGGCGGGAGGAUACCGGAAGAAGAAGGGCGCUGCGACGAAGAACAAGGCCUUGCACAAGGCGUACCGGACGCGCAACUUUACCGGUGCCAGGACCAGAUCUACGACGACUUGCAGACGGCCAAGCGGGAGAAGCUGAUGAACCAGGCGGUGGACUACGAUCUUCCGGGCAAGGGUCAGUUCUAUUGCGUCUCGUGCGCCAAGCACUUUCUGGAUUUGGGAAAUCUCGAGCAGCAUCGCCGUGGCAAGCCGCACAAGCGCCAGCUGAAGCGCCUCCGCAAGGAGAAGCCGUACACCCAGGCCGAAGCCGACGCUGCUGGCGGCAUGGGCGCCGUGGACAAUGGCAAGGAGGGCCUUGCUCCGGGUCUUCCGGCCAUGCUGGACGAUGCCAAGCGUGCUGCUGCUGUCGAUGCUCUUGAGGCCGUCACAGCGAGCGCCAUGGCCGCCAAGGCCGUCGACGCCCUGCCCUCGCUCGCUCCCCAGCCCGCCAUCCCGGCCUCUGACUUUGGUUCGGGCCCGGCGCUGCUGGCUACUUCGGAGGGGCUCGUUCCGUCGGGCGCCGCCGCCUCUGUUGCUGCCACAUCCGAGUCGUCCGAGAUGUCUUCGAUGGCGAUUGCGUAA